CCAUCUCAGCCGGUGCGGUGCAGUUCGUCCCUGCCCUCCGAAAAAAAUCUCUCUCUCACUUUCUCUCUCUAUCUUUCUCAGUUCCGUUCGGAUCUCCCGACGAUUUAUCCCCAUUUUACCCUUCUUCUUCCUCUCCUAUCCCCUCAAAAACCCCAAAAAAAGAAAUUUAGCUAAUUUAUCUGUAUUUUGUUGCGUUGUGUUUUGUUGUGUUGUCUCUCUAGGGUUUCGACUCUUCAACCCCAGAGGAGAGGGGGGGAAAAUCUGAAAAAAGAAGAAAAAGAAAAAGAGGUUGGGAAGGGUUUUUUUUUUAUGGCGCAGAUUCAGGUGCAGCAUCAGAGUCACGUUUCGGGUCCGAACGGUGUGGCGGCGGCGGCGGCGGCUGGUGGUGCGAACCAGUUCGUGACGACGUCGUUGUAUGUUGGGGAUUUGGACUUCAGCGUGACUGAUUCGCAGCUCUAUGAUCUGUUCAACCAGGUUGGUCAGGUUGUGUCGGUUAGGGUUUGUAGGGACCUCAGUACUCGGCGAUCUCUCGGCUAUGGCUAUGUUAACUACAGCAAUCCUCAAGAUGCUGCAAGGGCAAUGGAUGUGCUUAACUUCACUCCGCUUAAUGGCAAGCCUAUCAGAAUUAUGUAUUCUCAUCGGGAUCCCAGUAUUCGCAAAAGCGGUACUGCAAAUAUAUUUAUCAAGAAUUUGGACAAAGCAAUUGACAACAAAGCAUUACACGAUACUUUUUCUAGCUUUGGAAACAUUCUUUCUUGCAAGAUAGCUACUGAUCCUUCUGGCCAAUCUAAAGGCUAUGGUUUUGUACAAUUUGAUAAUGAGGAAGCUGCUCAGAAUGCGAUAGAUAAGUUAAACGGCAUGCUCAUUAAUGAUAAACAAGUUUACGUAGGCCAUUUUCUUCGUAAGCAGGAAAGAGAUACUGUCAUGAGCAAGACAAAAUUUAAUAAUGUAUUUGUGAAAAACCUCUCAGAAUCAACAACUGAUGAGGAUCUAAAGAAUACAUUUGGUGAAUAUGGAACAAUUACUAGUGCAGUAGUGAUGAGGGAUGGUGAUGGAAAAUCCAAGUGUUUUGGAUUUAUCAAUUUUGAAAAUGCUGAUGAUGCCGCUAAAGCUGUUGAGGCUCUAAAUGGUAAGAAAGUUGAUGAUAAGGAGUGGUACGUUGGGAAAGCCCAGAAGAAGUCUGAAAGAGAGCUUGAACUAAAAAGUCGGUUUGAGCAGACUGUAAAGGAAGCGGUGGACAAAUUUCAAGGGGUGAAUUUGUAUAUCAAGAACUUGGAUGACAGCGUUGAUGAUGAUAAGCUGAAGGAACUGUUCUCUGAAUUUGGUUCAAUUACUUCUUGCAAGGUCAUGCGUGAUCCUAGUGGAAUUAGCAGAGGUUCAGGAUUUGUUGCCUUCUCUACACCUGAAGAAGCAUCUCGUGCUCUUGCGGAGAUGAAUGGUAAAAUGUUUCUAAGCAAACCACUCUAUGUUGCUCUUGCCCAGCGAAAAGAAGAGAGGAGAGCAAGGUUGCAGGCUCAGUUUUCGCAAAUGCGGCCAGUUGCAAUGGCUCCAUCAAUUGCUCCCCGUAUGCCAAUGUAUCCCCCAGGUGCUCCAGGUCUUGGACAACAAUUAUUUUAUGGGCAAGCUCCCCCUGCUAUUAUUCCUCCCCAGGCUGGAUUUGGUUACCAGCAGCAACUUGUUCCUGGAAUGAGGCCAGGUGGAGCUCCUAUGCCAAAUUUCUUUGUUCCAAUGGUCCAUCAGGGUCAGCAGGGCCAGCGGCCUGGUGGGAGACGGGGAGCUGGUCCCGUGCAACAAGCGCAGCAGCCUGUGCCAAUGAUGCAACAGCAGAUGCUUCCUAGGGGACGUGUCUAUCGUUACCCGCCUGGUCGCAAUGUGCCAGAUGUUUCAAUGCCUGGAGUUCCUGGUGGCAUGCUCUCUGUUCCAUACGAUAUGAGUGGCAUGAUGCCACGUGAUGCUGCUAUAGGACAGCCCAUGCCAGUUCCAGCUUUGGCUACUGCUCUUGCAAAUGCACCACCUGAUCAGCAGAGGACGAUGCUGGGUGAAAAUCUGUACCCGCUUGUGGAUCAGCUGGAGCAUGAGCAUGCGGCUAAGGUGACAGGCAUGCUUCUGGAGAUGGACCAGACUGAGGUUCUGCAUUUGCUCGAAUCACCAGAUGCAUUGAAAGCGAAAGUUGCAGAGGCCAUGGAGGUCCUUAGGAAUGUUGUGGCUCAGCAGCAGUCCAACAGCCCGACUGACCAGCUCGCAUCUCUGUCCCUGAAUGACCACCUUGUUUCCUGAGAAAUUAUGGUUUGUUUGCCAUCUAAAUUGAAGUUUUGCUAGUAGCGAGAGGGUACUGGAUUCUAUUUAGUAUUUCAGAUUGGUUUUAGUGGCAUGUAGGAUUUUUGUAGUUUGAAACAUUUUGUUUGCUUUGGAUUUUAGAUAAUUUAUUUUCCGAUGAUUCUGAGAUUUGCAGUAUGUUUUUGCUAUGGUUUUGAUUGAGAUUGAUUUCCGUUUGGACAUGCAAAUUUACUAAUUGUGUUUUGUUUUC